UCCCCCUCCCCCACACACUUCAUGUUGGUGAGACCCGGGUCAAAGGUCAACAGGUACUGAACAACAUGGCGGCCUCGUUGUUUUGGAGGAAAGCGGAACUUCUCCGGUCCGCGAGGACUUCCGUUCACCCGUUAUGGAUCCACUGCUCGGCCGCUCUUCCUCAGCAGUCCGGCUCUCCUCCUCUUCCUCAGCAGUCCGGCUCUCCUCUUCCUCAGCAGUCCGGCUCUCCUCUUCCUCAGCAGUCCGGCUCUCCUCCUCUUCCUCAGCAGUCCGGCUCUCCUCUUCCUCAGCAGUCCGGCUCUCCUCCUCUUCCUCAGCAGUCCGGCUCUCCUCCUCUUCCUCAGCAGUCCGGCUCUCCUCCUCUUCCUCAGCAGUCCGGCUCUCCUCCUCUUCCUCAGGCGGCAUUCUUCCCGCCAGUUGAAGACGCCAUGCUGGCGACCGGAAGUUUCAACAACCGGGUGGCGUUCAUCACAGGGGGGGGGACAGGGCUGGGCCGGGCCAUGACCACCACUCUGUCUCAGCUGGGAGCGCAGUGCGUCAUCGCCAGCAGAAAGUUGGACGUCCUUCAGAAAACAGCCGAGGAGAUCACCAGCCAGACUGGGAACAAGGUCCAUGUGGUUCAGUGUGACGUCAGAGAUCCUGAGGCCGUCUCUCGUUGUGUUGACCAGGUCGAGUCUCUGACGGGACUUCCUGAUGUGAUUAUCAACAAUGCAGCAGGAAACUUUGUCUGUCCGUCAGAACAUCUGUCUCCAAACGCCUGGAAGAGCAUCACCGACAUUGUCUUGAAUGGGACGGCCUUCAUUACACUGGAGCUGGGCAAAAGACUGAUCCAGAGUCAGAGAGGUCAGAGACUGAUCCAGAGUCAGAAAGGUGCGUCCUUCCUCGCUAUCACUACCAUCUACGCUGAGUCGGGUUCUGGCUUCGUUGUUCCGAGUGCGUCGGCGAAGGCCGGAGUCGAGGCGCUCUACAAGUCUCUGGCUUCAGAGUGGGGGCGCUACGGCCACAGGUUCAACAUAAUCCAGCCUGGACCUAUCAGAACCAAGGGGGCCUUCAGUCGUCUGGACCCAACUGGAGACUUUGAGAAGAAGAUGAUCGGUCGGAUCCCAACAGGUCGACUUGGAACACCAACAGAGAUCGCAAACCUGGCAGCGUACAUGAGCAGCGACUAUGCUAGCUGGAUGUCUGGAGCUGUGGUCCGGUUUGAUGGGGGAGAAUACGUGUCGAUGGCCGGAGAGUUUAACGAGCUGCGCAGACUGACUCCAGACCAGUGGAAGAUGAUUGGGAUAAUGACCAGAAGUGCUAAAGGGUCCUAGAACCAACGCUCCUCAUUGGACCACGACAACCAAUCACAUCACAGUGUUCUGGUGGACCCGCCCACCUGCUAAUCAAUAUGAGAAAACAUGACGGACGUUUGCUGAGAGUUGGGAUAUUUGUAACGAUUGAUCUGUGAUUGACAAGCUUCGUUAACAGAAAACAAGUCAUGUGACUAACUGCACAUGCUCAGUGUAAACACACACACACAUGCACACACACACAUGCACACACACACACACACAUACACACACACACACAAAUGUCUCUGGCAGUUUGAUAAUAAAACACUAAAGUUUAACCAUCAA